UGAAUUUCGAGGCGGCAAAGCGGCGAUGAACCCGUCGCGGCUAAAUGUGCUGACGAAGCGUCACAACGAAGCCCAUGCCGCGCGUCUUCAGAAUCAAUACUCGUCUUCUCGAGGGGCAAUGGGAUUCCUUCUCAUGGUGCUUUUGCUGGUCGUGCUACCCCAUCUCACUGCGUCGAUAUCGUCGACCGUUCUCUCUUUUGUGUUCGUCUUUUUGCCUGGUUAUUCGGUUGCCUUGAUCAGUGGCCUAGUUGCCGUCAAGGCAGCUUACAUUGCGGUGAUCUACCAGUGGUCACUGUUUUCGACUCCUACAGACUCGGCAAACAGUUCUUCGACCAAACGAACGGAGAGUGGUGCAGCAGCACAAGCAGACAAUGGAUUGCGUCAGCGAAAGUUUGUCGUGCCGGAGGUGGUUGGAGAAAUGUCGCCUAUUGAGACCCUCCGCGUUGACGGCAAGCUGUCGAACCCGCCUAUCAUUUCCACCGAAGCGGAGCUGAUACCGUAUCAACCUCAAGCGACAUCCAAUGGUGAUGACGACUUUGGGGAAGCAGCGAAGCUCAACUUUGGCUUUGGCAUGGAAAUGUCGUCGGCCAUCAACCCGAAUGGCCUGUAUGCCCACACAUAUGCUGUCAUGAAGCCAUCGGCGAAGCCUCCCGUGCGAAAGGAGCUCGAGUCCGCGCUGUCGAGUGCUCCCCACGUCGACAAGGCGCAUGAGGUGCUGGCAGAGUGCCGGAUGAAGUCGCAUCACAUGGGUAACUUGUGUGACACGUUGCGUCAUGUCUUGGCGCAACACUUGCAAGAUGUGCUGGGCACCUUGGCUCAAAACAUGGACGAACUGUCCAAGUUGGGUCUUCGACGAGAAAUUCUCGUCGACCUGUCGACAGUUCAUCCAAUGUUGUCGAUUCAAGUUCCCGGAGAGCCCACCCCGCGGACGAUUUCCAACCUGUCGAUGAAGUCGCUGAUCAACAUGGCGCGCACAGAACCCGCGUUUGCAUCGCGCGCACGACAAAAUGUGCACUUGCUGCGGGAAUAUGAAACGUUGAUGAAGUAUUUCGACGUGAAGGAAGAAUACAGCUCUGCGUAUGCCAUCCAAAGGUUGCAAACCCUCGGGGAAGAUGGCUUCCUCGGGCCAUACCGUUGGGAUAGUGGUGGCAAGUGGAAGGGAAAGCCGUGGACGAAGGAUUCCAUGCUCCCGUCCGACGCUGAAUUGAUCAUGAACUUGUUUUGUGCCAUGCUCGACGACGUGCUCCCUGCAACGUGCGACACAGAUCGUCCGUUUCGUCGGACCCACUACGCGCCGUCGCCCCCUACAAAGUCUGCAAGCAUUCGCGGCAUGUUCCUCAUCUUCUGCAGCCAAGUUUCCCCUCCCAAUUUCAAAGUCAUUGCGAACGGGGCAGUGUGGGAGAUCCUCCCUGGCAAGACCAACGUUUUUCAAGCGAUCGUGCUCUUCCUCCAUGCCGUCAAGACGUAUAAAUCGGGGCAUCUUGGCAACAUCAACCUCCAUGUCUUGUUGGAAGAGAUUUUCGACAAGUAGCAAAAGUUGCGCGAAAUCUUCUGAAAUUUUCGUUGCAAUUUUGAAAAAAUGGUUGUUGCUGUGAAUUUGAUAUAUUUCGAAUUUACCAAAUUUCAACAAGUAUAUGUGUUGACAUGAUUGGGAAACAUGAUUUCGAUGUAUCUUCUUUCCAAAA